AUGUCUGAACCACAACAGGAAUCCAAGCCAGAUAUCAAGCCAGAGACCCACAUCAACUUGAAGGUCUCCGACGGCUCUUCGGAAAUUUUCUUCAAAAUCAAGAGAACCACCCCCCUGAGGCGUCUAAUGGAGGCGUUUGCCAAGAGACAGGGAAAAGAGAUGGACUCGCUGCGGUUUCUUUACGACGGUGUGAGAAUCCAAGCUGACCAGACACCCGAGGACCUUGAUAUGGAGGACAACGACAUCAUCGAGGCCCACAGGGAGCAGAUUGGCGGGGCGCUAUAG